AUGACUCAACAAAAGUUUCCCGCGCAAGACGCGGCCAAGUUUAGCAAGUACGAGCCGCUCAUCGAAGAGUACAAGAAGGAAGCUGUUGCUCAAAUGCAGCAAUUCGACCCUGCUUUCUAUGAGAAGUGUGUUGCCACCAUUCCAUCGGAAAAUGAGCUAGACACUGAGCCUAUUGAUGCCCGGCAGUUCCUGAGCUUCCUUACCAACGAGGAGGCAAGCAUCGUCAACGAUCUAACGAUCUCGGACCUGACACGCAAGCAGCUAGAUGGCGAACUCACGGCAACCGUAAUCACAAAAGCAUUCAUCAAGGCUGCGAUUAUCGCACAGCUCGCUACAAACUGCGUGAUGCAAUUCUUGAUUCCGGAAGCGUUAGCAAGAGCGCAAGAACUAGAUGACUAUCUUAAGGAGAACAAGAAGCUCGUUGGACCUUUACACGGUGUAGUCGUGUCGCUAAAAGAGCACAUGAACUUCAAGGGCAAGGUAACGAACGCUUCUUACGUCGCAUACCUAGAAAACAUUCCUGACAACGAGGCUGUCUCUAUCACCAUUUUGCGUAAAUUAGGAGCUGUUUUCCACACCAGAACCGCUCAGCCACAAGGAAUUAUGCACCUGGACACCUGGAAUAACAUAACUGGGCGGACCAGAAAUCCACUUUCAACACGCCUGUCUCCUGGCGGUUCUUCUGGUGGUGAAUCCGCGAUAGUUGCUAUGCAUGGGUCAGUUAUUGGGCAUGGUAGCGACAUCGGCGGUAGUGUCCGCGCCCCUGCAGCUUUCACUGAUAUCUUCGGUCUGAGACCCACCACAAAGAGAAUCUCUCUGCUAAACGGCCUAUCUAGUGGGAAAGGUCAGGAAUCGAUUGUUGCUGUCCAAGGCCCACUGGCAAGAUCUAUUGAUGAACUAGACGCCUACAUGCGCGCAUACAUCAAUGAGGGUCAACCCUGGACUUACGACCCCAACUGUAUCCCAAUUGCUUGGCGUGAGCCCAGCUUGCCCCCAAAGAUCAAAAUUGGUGUGCUUUACGAUGACAACUUGGUGACCCCUUUCCCAGCAGUUACCAGAGCCAUUAGCGAAACGGUUGCUAAGCUUUCCAAAAAUCCAGCUUUCGAAAUCGUCAACUUGAAACCUGACUGGUUCUCUGAAGAAGAGAUGCUUGAUAUUUACACAGCAAACUUGAAGCUUUACACGUGUGACGGUAACGAAAUCCAGCUCUCUAUGUGGACACCAAGCGGAGAACCCCUAUUGCCCCUGACGGAGCACUACAUGAAGUUUGGUGGGGGAAAGAAGCUUUCUAUAUAUGAAAACAGAAUGCUGAAUGCACAAAGAGAUGCUUUGAAACUUCAAAUGCAACAAAAGUACUUCUCUGAAUUGGACUUCAUUCUGUCCCCUACUUACAACGGCCCCUCUGAGAUUCCUGGAGAAUCUUUGUACUGGGGCUACACCUCAUUCUGGAACUUAUUGGACUAUCCAAAUGUCACGUUCCCUGUUGAUGUUGCUCAUGAUAAGGAGAAGGAUGCCGGCAUUCCAGAGCUAAGAAAGAAUGAAUAUGAAAAGAUGGUAUGGUACAAGGAAAAUGGUGAUGUCAGAUACGACCCUGAGUCGUACAUUGGUGGGCCUGUUGCUUUACAGCUCACUGGUAAGCGGUUCUGCGACGAAGACGUAGUGGCUGCUACUAAGCAAAUCAUAUCUGCGCUAGGGGUCGAGAGACGCUAG